AUGGAUAGAGAAAUUGAAAACUUAGUGAAAGAGUGCAGAAGAUGUGCUUUAGCAAUAAACUUACCGACGUUAAAAAGUGAACCCCUUUCAAAAGUAGAUGUUCCGUGGUCGAGACUACACAUUGGUUUCGCUGGUAACUUAAAUGGUUCAUGCUACUUAGUGGUAGCAGAUGGUGUAUCUAGAUGGUCAGAAAUUUGUAAGUGUAAAAAACCAGCCUCCUCAACUGUGAUAAAUUUUCUAAAUGAGCUGUUUGAGAGAUUUGGCAUCCCAGACACGACAGUGUCUGACAAUGGAACGCAAUUUGUGUCUUUUGAGUUUGAAACGUUCUGUAAACCGUUCGCUGUAGAACAUGUAACUACUGCACCAUGCCAUCUGAGAUCUAAUGAACAAGAACACCGUCGAUACGUUCAAGAAAGCCCUAAGAAAGUCGAAUAUCGAAGUCACGGAUGA